AUGGCGAAACACCGGCUGCCACGGGAGGUACACACACCGCCCUCCCUGGAAGAAACGAGAUCUGGUUAUCAGCCCCUGGAGUCUGGACUGGCCCUUGGGCCUUCUUUUGCCCACAAGAAUGCGGUAGAAAUGACAGCACGCCUGCAUCAACCCUUGACCUUGAGAGGCCUGGCAGGGGCAGGACUUCCAGGAGGGCUGUGGGACCAGCUUACUCCGGAUUUUGACCAAAGGGCCAACGGCAUUUAUCGUAGGAGGUCUCGUAAGUCUUGGCUGCAGACAGGUAUGCGGGGUGUCUUUGGAAAGCCCCAGGGCACAGUGGCCGGGGUGCGCACUGGCCAAGUCGUCGUGUCCAUCCGAACCAAGCUGCGGAAAAAGGGGCCUGUGAUGGAGGCCCCGCGCAGGGCCAAGUUCAAGUUCCCUGGCCGCCAGAAGAUCCACGUCUCCAAGAAGUGGGACUUUACUGAGUUUAAUGUGGACGAAUCUGAAGACAUGGUGGCUGAAAAGCCGUUCAUCCCAGAUGGCUAUGGGGUCAAAUACAUCCCUCAUCACAGCCCCUUGGACAAAUGGCGGGCUCUGCACUCACGAGAACUUCAGACUGCCCGUCCCCAUUCAUGCCCACCAAUAAAUCCUGCUUCCUGUCUGAAUAAACAAAAAGCAAACCGAAAAAACCCCCAAAAAGCAUAAGGGAAACAUGUUAGAGAAAUAUUUCGGGAAGACAAUUCACGACAUUAUGUUGAUCUUCUUUGUUUUGUGAUGUUUGUGCUUUUGGUGAACUCUAAAAAUUUACGUUACGUGUUAGGGUUUCUCUUGUCACUCUGUUCACUUAAUUUCGCGUAUAUGAUUUUGUCUUCUAUUUGUUGAAAACAGCACUAUGCAGGAAAGAGUUAACACCGCGGGGCUGA